UAAGGUUUUUGGUAUUAUAAGGGAUUAGCAUUUCAAUUAUACAUGCACAUAUUUAUAGGUCGGAUUCUGACAUAAAUUUACAAUGACAAAGACUACAAAUCGAUAAAUCAAUGAGUAUAGACAGAAAGAUAUGUCUUAUUUUCUUCUACUAAUUAAAAUAGCCAAAAGGGACUUAAUGUAGUGUAUAGAAUGGUAAAUUAUGAGUAGUUAAAUAUCCCACAAGACACGGUCUAACUCGUUGUGUUUUGUAAUCUGACUUCAUUAGUGUUGUUUGGAUCCCAAUCCAAUUCCCCAUGUCCGGCACAUGCUUGCCUUUCACAGUUUCACGCGCAUUCAAAUCUUUCCUUUUUUCAUAAAUUUCCCCAUCACGGUUAACGGUAAUUCGUUGGUGUAUCUUUUCAAUAAACACCUGUUUGUUUGUUAUAUUGCUUCGUAUUUUCACUUUUUUAUUCAACUCUUUGUUUUCCUUGAACUUCACACUUCAAAAGACCAAAACUAGUGGAACCCAAAUUCCGCACCAUGGGGGCAUGCUCUUGUGUUAUUGCCAAAACAGAACCCAUCAUCCUUCUGAUUUUUUUACCUUAAGCCACAACCUAAACCCUAAACCUCCAUAUCUCAAACCCUCCUCUCUCCUACAAGUAUCACUACUUCACUUCCACUUUUCAUUGAUCUCAUCUUCUAAGCCCUAACUAUAUGUAUAUAUAAAUAACUCUAUCUUUGAUUCAUUUUAACUUCUUUCAAAUCUAAUCAACCUAGCUGAAAGCCUUCUUUUUCCCUAUCUUGACGACUAACUUUUAGCGAAUCAGAAGAGGAACUUAGUUUGUUUUUUUAAAGAAGAAAUGGAUGAGGUCUCUCGUUCUCAUCCACCGCAUUUUUUAUCAAGUGAUCUUCAUCACUAUCACCAUCAAAACGCUGGACUAAAACGCGACAGAGAAGAAGACGAUGUUGAACCCAACAACGACUACUCUAAUUCCUCCGGCAAAGACCAAGACACUACUCCUUCAGAAGGAGGGAAUAUCAAGAAGAGGAGACCACGUGGAAGACCCGCAGGUUCCAAAAACAAACCCAAAGCACCGAUCAUAGUCACUCGCGACUCUGCGAACGCCUUCAGAUGCCACGUCAUGGAGAUAACCAACGGCUGCGAUGUAAUGGAAAGCUUAGCCGUCUUCGCUAGACGCCGUCAGCGUGGCGUUUGCGUCUUGACUGGAAACGGCGCCGUUACAAACGUCACUGUUAGACAACCCGGCGGAGGCGUCGUUAGUUUACACGGACGGUUCGAGAUUCUCUCUCUCUCGGGCUCGUUUCUUCCUCCACCGGCUCCACCGGCUGCGACUGGUUUAACGGUUUACUUAGCCGGUGGUCAAGGUCAAGUGAUCGGAGGCAGUUUGGUGGGACCGCUUAUGGCUUCAGGUCCGGUGGUGAUUAUGGCAGCUUCGUUUGGAAACGCAGCUUACGAGAGGCUGCAACUAGAGGAGGAGGAAACUGAUAGAGAAAUAGAUGGAAACGCCAGUAUGGCGGUUGGAACGCAAACGCAGAAACAGUUAAUGCAUGAUGCGACAUCGUUUGUACAAGGGUCACCGUCGAAUUUAAUCAACUCUGUUUCGUUGCCAAGUGAAGCUUAUUGGGGAACGCAACGACCGUCUUUCCAAGAUAAUAUCCUUAUAAUAUAAUUUUCGUUUUCUUAUUUUUAUUUUUACUUCUAAAUUUUCUAAAGAUUUUCCUAGGUUUUGAUUCUAAUGUUUGAUCAAUGCCUGAAAGGUUUUGGAAGA